UUGAGUAGUAGUAGUUUUUAUGCUCAUUUAACAGAGGGUUAUCAUUUUGUUAACUUCUACUCACCAUUUUGCCCACCAUGUCAAAACUUAGCUGACCAUUGGAAAAAGUUAGCUGAAAAAUACAAAGGAAUUAUAAAAGUGGGUGCUGUGAAUUGCAAAUAUCACAGUUCAUUCUGCUACCAUAAUAUGAGGAUAGGCAGCUACCCAUCACUGCUGUUCUAUCCUAAUGGUAAACAAGGCAACUAUGUUUAUUACAGAGGUGAGCACACACUUAGAGCACUGGAGGAGUUUGUUAUGUCGUUUCUGCAGAACCUAAUGCAUGUACCUGUAAUAAGGCAGCUGAGAAAUGGUGACAAACCAAUUGUAUAUGUUCUUGGAUCUCAUAAUAUAGAGGAAUAUGCAUUGACUAGGAUUGCUUUUCAUUUGAAAGGGCUGGCAACAGUUGUGAUAGUCGAAGACGAAAUCCUUCGAGAAAAAUUAUCAAAGGACCCUGAAACUGUGGCUGUUUUUAAAUACAAUGAAAUUAAAAAAGAAAUAUCGAGCAGCGAUGAGAAAACGAUACUCAAGGAAAUAGUUGAUGCGUUGCCGAAAUUUGAACAAAUUGGACCUGAAGAGUUGAAGAAUAUCAGAAACAAACUUCGUAGCGGCCAUAUAACUCCAUGGGUGCUGUACUUCUCCACUGAAGAUGAUGACAAGUUGCAGUUGCAUCAAAUGAGAAUUCAGUUCCCAAAUAUGCACUUUGGUGAAAUCAACUGCAAAUCGCAAAGGGAACUAUGCGACUCGCUUCAGAUAGAAUCAACGCCAUCUUGGGCAUUACUUAAACGCGGAGGUACAUACCAACGGGCACCGGAAAAAAUGUCAGCAGCCACUUUUAUUUCUCGUUCAGCGAAUGCUCAGAAUUUACACACACUAUCCGCUUCCGAGUUACGAAGAAUAUUGGACGGCGAUGUGGGCAUGUGGGUGUUGCUAGUUGUGCCGUACAAGAUGUCCUGGGAACACAUUGCGGAUCCCUUUACCGAUGCCAGCUUGCAAUUUGCCGAUUCAGAUGACAUCAGCUUUGGAAUAAUGGCGUGCACGUUAAAUACUGAGCAGUACUGCCGUCAGUUGACUUACAACCAGCCGACCAUCUUCGUACAGAAUGGCACCAAGAAACAUGCGUACAACGGACGCAUCGACGAGGAGCAGCUUGUCGAAUUUAUCCAACUUCUGAAGGACAGUGCUAGCUUGGCGUUAAGUGAACAGAAAAUAUUAGAGAUUUUAGAUGUAUCAAGUAGAGAACACAGCUGGUUAGUGGCUCACUUACCAGCUGGGUGUGGUAGACCCUGUGACGAGCUAGAACAUGAAUGGAGGAUAAUUGCUAAGAAGCUUCGUCCAUUGGAGUUCGUUCGAGUGGGCGUGCUUCAGUGUGAGUACAACAGCAGAGGUUUCUGUGCCAACGUACGCACACCGACAGCCAGACUCUACCCUUUGUCGGCUGGUCAUCAUUUUACUUUAAACCUGCAGCACGUAACAGAAGCGCCGUAUAUCUUGGAAUGGGCGUUUGAACACAUUGAUAACUCUGUUCAGAAAAUUAGUUGGCACUCCUUCUACAAGUCUGUAGUUGCUGAGGAGAUAAACCCAAGCAGGAACAAGAAGCCUUGGUUGGUAUACUUCCAUUCGCCGAGGUGUUACCAUUGCUACGAAAAGUAUCCGGAUUUUGCGAUUGCAGCAAUUUUCCUCGGCAACGUCGUUAAUUUCGGCAAAGUGAACUGCAUAACGGAACGCAAUCUCUGUCAACACGAGCACAUCACUAGUUACCCAUCUCUUAGGUUAUAUUUAACAAGGAAUCUAUACCAAAGCUAUAGCAGUGUUAUUUCUUUAAAAAUUAGGGAUUAUUCAGGCAUUAUUAAUGAUAUAAGGCCUCAUUUAGCCAAUUAUGACACCGACUUACUUGCUGGUUUAGACAAAAUAGGUCUUGGAGGAAUGCAUUUUAAACAUGAUGAGUUAUAA